AUGAAAAAACUACUGAACAAGAUCAUCGCCAGAAAUGAGACAAAAAAGCGUGAUGUCACGGCCCUAGAAAUUUGCACGGAAAAGGAAUGUCCCGACGGUGGAUAUGGUUGGAUUAUUUGCAUCGCAGCGGCGAUUUGCCAGUUUAUCAUCAUGGGUAUUCACAACAACUUUGGUAUCUUAUACACUUACUUCAUGAGGGAUUUAAAGGCAGAUCCUGCAGAUACAAGUGAGUUAUUACGAUUGCAAUUUUGAGCUAUAGCUUAUGCGAAUUCAAUAUACACUCUUUUUUUUGUAAGAAUACAUUUUAUAAGAAUAUCGAGGCUGAAAGUGGCGAAAUUUCAAGAAUAUUAUAAGAAUAGAUCCGAAGCUGAGAUUUUCAGAAGGAUUUAAUUUUGUGGGUUGAAAUACAAUACAAUUAUAUGUUUUUCACUUAUAACUUUAUCUGAACGGCAAAACUAGCCAAGAAAACGAAAAAUCCCACACUAACUAUAAUUAAUACCAUGCAAUACAUUCUAAAACGAAAAUGUCAUCAGCUAUACAAUAUAAGUUAAGAAUAAUAACAAGAAUAUUUUCGAAAUAAAAUUGGCAGAAAAUUAAGAAUAUUCAGCCUGGGCCGGAAAAAAAAACAUUCUUAUAAAAAAAGAAUUUGGUUCUAAAGUUAAAAUGUCUGUGUUUUUCAAUUCCUCACUUUGGAUUUCCUGCAUAAAAAUUGAAAUUUCCACUACCUAUCUAUUAUGAUUAACCGGUAACUAUCCUAAGUAAUUCUUGAUUUCUUUCAGUGGAAAUUGCAAAUUCAAUAUUUGUAGUAUCCAUUUUUUCCCUUCUUCAUCUAAUACAAUCUGUGUAACAGCUUUAAAAAAAGUUCCUUGAUCUACUUCUGUUACCUUAGUUUUUUUUAUUCUGAUCCCGGCGUAGGGUAUCGAGGCAAAAAAGUCUUGAAGAUAUUAAAAAUAGGUCCACGAACUUGUCACAGAACGUUCUGUCAUCCAUAAAACUUUGGAAUCAAAGCGUCACGCGUGUUGUUUAAGGGAACCUGAAACCUUCUUUUCCUCCGCUCAGUAGGCGACGAACAAGCUGAGAGUGAUUACAUAACUUUUUAUCAACCGUGCGUGUGAAUUAAGGCAUGGCUCCCCAUGCACGUAAUAUCUUGUUUACAUAAUCUCUUUUCCGAGCCAAACAUCCUGUUUCAUUCUGGCUUGUCCCAAACAAGAACUUGAAAAAUAUUGAAGAAUUAUUUAUAGAGUAUCAUGACCAACGAAGCCCUCAUUAAAUUAUGCUAGAUACUGCAUCAUAACGAAAUAUUCACCCAGCUCUCAGUCCAAGGUCCUGCGUUUUCAGUUAUUUUCCUCAAACAGCCCGAAAAGGUAUAAGUUUGUGCUAAGGGUUGCUGAAAAAAAAAGAAAGCAUUUUAAAGUCACAACAAGGGGUAGACAAGAGGAAAGCUGUUUGAUUCCUGGGCUACUUUUUUAAUCGAACACCAUUCGUCUUUGAGUUACCUCCAGUGCAGAAUAAUUUUAUAAGAAUCUAUGAAGUAAUCUCUUAACAGAUACUGUCCUCUGCCACAAAGUUAGAUUUUGUAAUGCUAUGUAACUUCCUCAAAUGAAGGAAUUUAACGUACAUCGACUUGCAGAUGUAUGUACUCUUUUGUUUUCUGUAAGAAUAUCAUUUUAUAAGGAUAUCGAGGCUGAGAUUUGCAAAAUCUUAAGAACAUGAUGAGAAUAAACCCAAGGCUGGAAAGGAUACUGAAUUUUGUGUGCUGAAAAUCUGUUAAUACAACACAAUCAUAUGUUUUUUGCUUAACCGAGAAAUUAUUUCUUAACUGCAAAACUAACCACCAAGAAGAAAAACCGUGACCUGCCAUUGCCAUAAAUUCCACUUCAUAGCCUAAUAUAUUCUAAAACGGAAAGGUCGGAGGCUACAAUUUAACGAUAAUACCAGAAUAUUUUCAGCCUAAAAUCGAAUAAGAAUAUUCAGCUUGGGCUGAAAAAACAGCAUUCUUACAAAAAGAAAAGAGGGUACACCAAAUUGGUGACAUUGGGUUCGGUCUUUACGUUGCCCGGGGGGGAGGGGGGGAACUCCCAUAUGAAAGAGGCGGGGAUGCUCGUCGUCUCGCUUAUGGGUGUAAAUUUCAUAAUUUGGUCUCGCUUAGGGUGUUCUGGGCAAAACACCAUUAGCCGUAAAGGUCUUUUUUAGGGUUGCACUCGAAGAAAUAUUAAAAAAUUAUAUAUUUUCAAUUCGUUUUAUUUACUCGAUUCUUGUAAUCAAAGUUUAAAAUGAUCUUUUUUAGGGGUCAAAAAAAGGUUGGGCCACGCCCCUAUUGAUCUCCUUUAGCGGUUUAAUUCAAAAUUUCCGACGAGCUUCCCCGCCCCUUUCAUAUGGGAGUCCCUCCCCGGGGUACGUUGUAUGACAUUGGACAUUUGCACUGUAUUUAUCACUAAAUUAUUUUAAGCGAUGGUUAUUAUCAAUGAUUGUAUUCGAUUUUUCAUGUUUCAGCUUGGGUUGGUUCCAUAGCAUUUGGUGUAACCUUCUUUGGCGGUCCAAUAGCCAGCAAUUUGUGUGAAAGAUUUGGUUGUCGGCUUAUAGCAGCAAUUGGUGGUCUUAUAGGUGUCCUCGGUUUCUUGAUGACGUCAUUUGCCAAUAGUGUCUACGUCAUCUACUUCACAUACAGUGUCGUUUGGGGUUUUGGUUCUUCUUUAAGCUAUGCUACAACAACAUUUGUGAUAGGUGAGAUUAACAUCUUUCACCUUUUUCAUUCCACAGUUAAUAGUAUAUCGGUUCUGAACUCCUAAAACAGUUUUUAUCCUCAUCAGUCAUCAAAGUUGCUCUUAGCUAAUGUCGUUUGGUUCAGUUGACUUUGCAUGCUAUAUUUCAGGGACUUCCUAAACUAUGAAUAGUUUACAGGAAGAUAUUUCCCCAGUCGGGGCCUUGGUUCUAACUGCACUUUUUAAUAUGUUCAUACAGGUCAGUACUUUGACAGGAAUCUUGCGUUAGCCAAUGGUAUUGUUACUGGUGGAAGUGGUAUCGGAGCGAUAGCAAUGGGACCCUUUUAUCAUCUCGUCUUGUCAAACCUCGGCUGGAAAAUCAUGCUAAGAAUUCUUUCUGGAUUCGCCUUUCUCAUGUUUGUGAGCGCUCUACUCUACCGUCCCCUCCCUGCCAAGUAUAAACGUGCCCGCAUAGGCCGAAAAGAGAGAGCCAAGCUGUUUGACUUGUCCAUGUGGAAAAUAAAGCCGUUCGUGUUUUGGGUUGUAUCUAUGUCGCUACUGUUCUUUGGCUACUUUGUUCCUUUCAUCCACUUGGUGAGGAAACGCAGAUGUAAUAUAUUUACUGAUAGGUUUAUCACUCUAUCUUUUCACCGCCAAACCUAGGGGAAGUAAUUUUUUAAGAAUAAUCCCAAGAGUGUGGUGUGAAAUUAAUUUGAAUGGUCCGAGAAAUGCGAGCAUUAUAUACAGUCCCAACGCACGCGAAAGUCGCGAGCAGCAUCCCAUGAAUAGACUGUUUCUGGCUUUUUAAUGGUUAGCGAGAGUCGAAAUCAUAAACGCUAGGUACUGCAUUGGAUGAUCCAGUCGUUCAUCAAUGAAAGGCUCCUGGCAAGAGGGUGCAUACACUGAACCAAUGUGGCACACGUCACAACAUACCUUCGUACAAUGAACAUGUAGUGAGCCUCCUGUAGUUUUGCGCUUAUGGCAUCUGGCUGGGAUUUUUAGGUCUCGUUUUUCACCUGAGAAUGAACUACUACUGAAGAGCUUUCAUGUCCCGCACACAACCCCUUAUGGAACGCAAUUGAAAGCUUAAUGAGAGUAUAGUUCCUAGUUAUUAUCUUUCUUCAAAUGUUACACCGUAGAAAUUAAUCGUGGUCGACUUUAUUCGCGUUCGACUUUACGAGAACGCAACCUAAUCUUGCACUAGCUGUUUCAUAAUUCUAGCUGAUUUCAAGGCGGCCUCGAAAUGGUCCUCUGAUCAUUUUUUUUUUCUUCAGCCCAAUUUCGCUGAGAUUCUUGGAGUACCCGAGUCUAAGGCUUCUUUGCUAAUAGGCUACCUUUCCAUUGCUUCAACUCUGUCACGUGUUCUCUUUGGCCUUGUGCUCAAUCACCCAAGAAUUAAUCGUUUCUACGUUUUACAGGUAUGUAAAGAAAUGCUUUCACUUACUAAUAUGUAACCAUGUGAAUGUUGCUGCUUAAAGUUUCUAUUGGACAAUUUGGUACUUUAAUAAUGAACGCAUGAGACUGAAAUUAAGUAGAGAUACGUUUUCGAGCCAAGAAAGGUGUUUGCAAAUAGGAUCAGUUCAUAGACUGUUUAAGUAGUUGUUAAUUGUGGCCAGUCUUUAUCAAAUUACAAUUUCUUUUCUUUUUAAAACGAACAACUCGAGACAUCUGCCGAUCUACCAUCAGUGCAAAUACAGCAAUGACCAAGCUUGUUCGGCUGGAUAACGCCCAAAAAGGGAACUUUUAAUUGCGGGACCAACGCGGAAAAUCCCAAGCGGGCUUUAGCAAAUCAGAAUGCAGGAUUCGCUUCAUCUUGCUCGCCCGCGGGUUCAACCAUAUAGUAAAAGAUGUUGCUUAUUUCUUUCAGGUUUGCUUUGUGAUGAUGGCUGUUACAUGCAUGCUAUGUCCUUUGGUACAAGAUUACACUGGGCUCAUAUUAUAUGCUGUUAGCUUUGGAACGUUUGACGGCUGUUUUGUUUUGCUUAUAGCCAUAACUACUAGUGAUGUAGUCGGACCUAAUUUGCUACCACAAGGUUUAGGGUCCUUGUAUGGAGUUAUAUCUCUUCCUAUAAUAUGUGGAGCUCCUUUAGCAGGUACGUUUUACUUUGUAGCUUAACCGCCUAUUUGCAUUGUAACCAUUCCCAUAAACCUUAAGAGUAUCAAAGAGAGUUAAACUUAGAAAGUUGGCUUAAUUUUUUCAAGUUCAAUCCUGGCCAUCGAAAGCCAAAGACAUACAUUAAACGUUGUGGUAUAGUCGACGAGUAAUUCAAAAUAAACAUGAACCAUUAAUUCUAUCAGGGUUUUCUUUGUUUUCCAAUGCAUUUUUAAAAUGUUUUUUGAUGAAAUCAGUUUCAUUUGUUUCAUGUUCGUUCUCUUCUAGCGUACAUUUUUGAGAAAACUGGAUCAUAUCAGGAUGCCUUCUUAGUAGCCGGAGCCGCCAUAGCUGCUGGAUCCUGCACUCUUCCUUUUACUCGACUAUUUAUGCCAGAUCUAGAAACCGGCAGAGAAAGGAAAGAAAUCUGCGAAGAGACUCCCGAACAGGAAAAGGCUGCGCAUGUCUCUGUAAUCGCUAAUGAAUUUGCAGAAGGACAAAGAAACUCAUGUGUAUGACACAAGACACUUUGUUUAUACCCCUAGACUGAGCGAGAGUCUCCGCUUUCCUAUGGAAGCCUCCUCCCCCAGGUUUUACGGAUGUUUGCCCCUAGGAAAAACAUGAUUCUAAGUUUUCUUAUCUUUAUUUAGUAAUUAGCUCUUUUUUCAAUCGAUGUCCUCUUUUCAGGAUCACGUAGAAGUUACUGAAUCUUUUGAGAGGUCAACAUUUUUUUUGAUUUGCAAAGCGUUAAAUAACACUUAUGAACUUUGAAAUCAAUUUACUGAUGUAGUUGUGCAUCGGGCCCAUAUUGACUGAUUAACACUAGCCUCGAAUUCUUAAUUUUUAUGAAGUAGAUUAUCAGAGGUUUCAAAUUUUUAACCACUACCCACACUCUUUCGAAAGCAGUACAGGUAAGUAGCCUGCGAGCCGCGAGAGACACGCGAGUGAGCGGCGUCUCCUUUCGCGUACCCCUCGCACGUGACUUCUCGCGACUACCCAAAUGGAGACCUUACUCGCAGGCUAGAAAAAGAGGAUACAAGUAAGUCUUCUUAUCGGCGGAUACCUCUUCCAACCUUACGAAUCGAUCUUAACAAGAGAGGAUAAAGGCUCUCUUGAUCUUAAUGAAUCGAUGACGGUCAGGUGAGCUGCGCAUGUAGACGAAAUAACGUGGCAGUAUAUGUUGCAAUUUAUAGGAGAGCCAGUUAUGUUUAAACUGAAUAAGGUAGCGCUGAAGACCAAGAAAGAAUAAAGGUGUUUUCCUGUCUUGAAAAGAUUGAAGACUGACAUAGCUCAGGGGCACCCAAUGGAUCUGUUCCUGAAAAUAUCUCACUGUUCUUCAGGCAAAUGUUUGCUGGAAGUGUUGCUGGGAAGAAAGAUAAUUCAUUGUGUCUGAGGGGAUUUGAUGUGUGGAAUAGCUGCUAUGGGUUAUUUGUCAUAAACUACCCCCCCCCCCCUCUUCCCGCGGCUGAAGGGGUGAAUGUCGCCGUUAGGUCACACCCAUUUUUCUACGUAACGCCCCCCUCCCCGCCAGUGAAGGUCUGAAUUUUACCCUAUGACCACGCCCAAACUGGCCAGUGAUGUCUGGACAUACGUCUGCUGCUGGGAAACGUCCCAGUAAGUCAGGUUGCAGAGUGUAGAUUCACCUUGCUGGCUGGGAACUCUUCCAUCAGUCUUUCUGGGAGUGAGGAACAGAUACAUUUUUCCCAGCAAUCUCCCAAAAUGCUUAAAUGGCUUCAAAAAGCUUUAUUCAUGCUUUGUUGUUGUCUUAAGGUCUUUUUCUUAAAAUCAAAACAAACAAUAGGUCAAGAUAAGCGAACCGAUUCUCCAAAAAAUAUAUACUAAAUAAAAAGUAAUUGAAAUGGAAUAAGAGGGUGGAAUUUUAAAGCUAUCGGAAUUCAAUCAGUGAAGUGUCAUUAAAGCCCGGGGAGUAGUCCUGGGAAUUCUUGGUGGGGGUGGGCCGCCCGGUUCUCCAAAUCCUGACCCUAUCCCAGACCGUGAAAAAGUGUCAUUUUUUUCACCCGUUUUCAGACCUGGCCCCUAAGAAAUUAUGUCAUCAUUACUUAGAUUAGAACGCCAACUAAAAAGAUUUCUUAAAAUCCACUCGAAUUCGAGCAUUUCCCCAGUUCUUUUUCUUAUUCAUUUGGAAUUGAAACGAUAAAUACGUUCGUGGGUAAAGUCUAUACACCUUUUCAGACCAAAACGACGCAAAUGCCAACCCUGUGGACGAGGGUGGGUAUACUAUAUGAAUAAUGUGCUUAUACAAGGGAGUUCCCCUCCUGAGGGGGGGGGGGGGGACCACUUCAAGUGUAAGUUUCUGAUCUCCACUUGCCAGUCUACCACUUAUCAUCACACCCCCCAAAAAACACACCCGGCCCCCCAAAAGAAUAUCCUGUUGUCAUCCGGAUUCUUGUCUUAAUCCUGCUAUUAUUUGUUUCAAAUAGACGAUUGCAUUUGUAUCGCAUCCUGAAGGUAUAUUUAAUUUUGUUUUGGUUACCGCGAAAAUAAAAUUCCUGAUGUCUAGACACUCUCGCGCAUUAUUUUGGUGAUCGGUUAUCAACAGAUGUUUUGUGAGUUUCUUGACGCCGUCCUUUUCCGAGCCCUUUGAUGUGUGCACAUCACUCUGUCUCCCUUACAAAAACUGCUUCAAUCACGAGUUAUAUCGAGGUAAAAUUCCAGUGGCCUUGUAAUCAACUUAGAUGAGCCUUACGAAAGUAAUGUACUAAUGGAGCGAAAGAGCUAGACUCUCAUUUAUUACACAGGUGACAAUCCUAAGUAAAGUCCACAACUUAUCUCAGCAUGUAUAUUUUCUGCAAAACAAGGACAGCUCGACUUCACAGGUGCAUGUAAUCGUGAUGGUCAGGUGAGCCUGUCCGCUUCAGUAAAAUAACUCUGUACUAUAGCUGUCUUAAGGCAGAAAAACGCAGUUGGCAUUAUUUUUUUUUGCGAUUACACGAUUCAUGGAAGGCUUUCUUGAUCGAUUCUUGAGGCUGGUAAAGGUGUGUUAACCGACACCUACUCAGUCUUAAAAGGACAAUAACAAAAAGGAUUAACUUUCAAAGCUUUCGGAUUCAAUAAGUGGCGAGUCAGAGAAAAGUAAAUGUUUUGACCUAAAUAUUCCACUUUACAAAUAACGUGAUUUCCCAUGGCCAAUCAGGUUUAGGCUUGGCCUCUUUCGCCAUCAGCACCACUAUUCACACCACUCACUUGGCGGAUUUGUGCACUUGGUAGUUUAACCUUAAUAAUCCCAAGCGACACAAGCAUGACUGACUGUUAUGGAAGCAUUUUCAUGACUAUAAAAGCGGAUUUUCUGUGUAUUUGGAAAACAUCACUGUGCUUUGGGAUCGUGACAUAUAUAGGUGUUAUAACCUUCUGUUGGAACAAAGCUUUUCGACUAUUAUUAGAUAAGCUCUAAUUUGAAAAGCAACAUUAGUCUAGAUAUUCCUGAAUUUGGUAUUUUCUUUUACGUAAGGUAUCAAAUUGAGUUGUCCAAAUACUAUUGGCAGCUGUAUGUAACUUGCACAUGACAAUAGCUCGUCAGUAAUAGUUCUGAGUUCUGCCUGCAAACUAAAUGUGUGGAGAUGACCAAUUACGUAAUGCUGAUUAGCUCAGUCACGAAAAGACCUCGUCAACAAACGGGAAACCUUUCUUUGAGCUAACUUGCUUCAUGAAUUUCCCCUAAAAAGUGUUUUUUACAUCAGAAGUCUUGGUUCCUUUCAUUUGAACAUCGUUUUAUAUCGCUUACAUCCUGCAUAAACUGACGUGUAUCUAAUUUUCCUCUGGUUACCGCCCAAAUACCUCUUUUAAAACAUCAGUCCCUCUAUCAUAACAAUGAUCAGGCAUGUCUCAUGACAGCAACUGUCGAAGAAAAAAAAAGUAAUAAAAGGUAGACUCAAUUUUUGGUCUUAAAAAACGUUCCUUGUGUUCUUUUCUAACAAAUGAGCUGUUUCAAGAUAAAGAAGUGGUGAUUGAAUUCGCAGAAAAGCAUUUUUUUUUUCAUGUACGCAGCCGAGGGUGGACUCUCGAUAUUUUGCAUCUGGAACAAGACUGGCAAAAUGCGUUUCACGUCAUUUAAUGCGAUUCUUCAUGAAGUUUGCCACGACACCAAGUUGAAGAUGGCAAAAACAUUAAAAAGUUUGGUAUCUAAUAUUAUGAUAUAACUACAAUAAAGGCACCAUCGUUGGAAGUUUUUAGGGAAAAAAAUAUUGAAAAUAAUGUGAGAAAGGAAACCGGGCAAGAAUUCCACAACUGAUAGCGAAUUUCCUUGCCGAUGGGUGAUAGGUGCUUGAAAUAGUUGUUGGCUUUUUCGUUGUUGUUGUUGUUUUUCUUUUUGUUCUUACUGAUAGCAUACAUUUCUUGGUCAGCUGUGUAUUGUUGAAGGGUCACCUCUGACUCUCCACAUGAGAAAUUAGCAUGAUCAUCACUUUCACUGUCCAAUCAGCUUUUUUUUCUUGCAAUCACUAUUUAUUAAUACUUUUCACACCACUUUUCACACCACUUUUCCACGAGGUGCACCCUAUUGAUACUCGUUGUUAUGAUCAAGGCUUUUUAUCGGCUUUAUUUCAUGUUAAGCAUACCAUCGCCCAUGAUAUCUCUCUGACCGCAUUUGAACGACGUUUAUCUUUGUUUUCGACACCUGUUGGUUCCUUGUGAGUCUUUAGUAAAAGCAGGCUAACGAUCAACUGAAAAAAAUGAAAAAACUACUGAACAAGAUCAUCGCCAGAAAUGAGACAAAAAAGCGUGAUGUCACGGCACUAGAGAUUUGCACGGAAAAGGAAUGUCCCAACGGUGGAUAUGGUUGGAUUAUUUGCAUCGCAGCCGCGAUGUGCCAGUUUAUCAUCAUGGGUAUUCACAACAACUUUGGCAUCUUAUACACUUACUUCAUGAGGGAUUUAAAGGCAGAUCCUGCAGAUACAAGUGAGUUAUUAUAAUUGCAAUUUUUUUAGCUAUAACCCUAGGUGACUUCAAUAUACACUCUUUUUUUAUAAGAAUGCAUUUUAUAAGAAUAUCGAGGCUGAAAGUAGCGAAAUUUCAAGGAUAUUAUAAGAAUAGACCCGAAGCUGAGAUUUUCAGAAGGAUUUAAUUUUGUGGGUUGAAAUACAAUACAAUUAUAUGUUUUUCACUUAUUGCUUUAUCUAAACGGCUAAACUAGCCAACAAAACGAAAAAAUCCUACACUAACUAUAAUUAAUACCAUGCAAUACAUUCUAAAACGAAAAUGUCAUCAGCUAUAUACAAUAUAAGUUAAGAAUAAUAACAAGAAUAUUUUCGAAAUAAAAUUGGCAGAAAACUAAGAAUAUUCAGCCUGGGCAGGAAAAAAACAUUCUUAUAAAAAAAGAAUUUGGUUCUAAAGUUAAAAUGUCUGUGUUUUUCAAUUCCUCACUUUGGAUUUCCUGCAUAAAAAUUGAAAAUUCCACUACAUAUCCAUUAUGAUUUACCAGUAACUAUUCUAAGUAAUUCUUGAUUUCUUUCAGUAGAAAAUGCAAAUUCAGUAUUUGUAGUAUCCAUUUUUUCCCUUCUUCAUCUAAUACAAUCUGUGUAACAGCUUUAAAAAACAGUUCCUUGAUCCUGAUCCCGGCGUAGGGUAUUGGGGCAACAAGUCGUGAAGAUAUUAAAAAUAGGUCCACGAACUUGUCACAGAACGUUCUGUCAUCCAUAAAACUUUGGAAUCAAAGCGUCACGCGUGUUGUUUAAACCUGAAACCUUCUUUUCCUCCUCUCAAUAGGCGACCAACAAGCUGAGAGUGAUUACAUAACUUUUUAAUAUAUAGAUUUAGCCAGGGCUAAAAGCGAAGCUCCUUUAAUAUUUAUAGAUUCCUCAAAGAAAAUAUAAAAUCCAUGAAUUCUAAAGACAAGUUGAAAGUAACGAGAACGCUAAAAACAACAACAAUAGAUCUAAUAAGCUAAAAACAACUCUGCACGUGCAGCAGUUUUUUUUUUGUACAUUUCCUUACCGUUGUUUUACACGUCUAACGUGAAACUUCUUUUAGCUUCCUAUUUACGCGUUUUAUGGAGGAAAUGUUUGUGUUCCUGUUCAUUCUAUUUUUUCACUGCCGCUCCUUUUUCACAUUAGUAGCCGCUAGCAUUCUUCAUUUUUUAAUAUAACCGCCGCUAUAUAAUUUUCAUGUUUUUCUUCCAACGACAUUAGUCUCCGUUUUUAUUUAUUUCUCGGUCCUGACAAGUGUGACACUUGACAUCGGCUUACAUGAAGUGUGUGUACCGGUGGGCGGGCGGGCGUACGCUACGUCUUAACCAAAUUUUCUCGGAUGGAUAGUUUACCAAAUUUUCUUACCCAUGGUGCUCCGCUUGCGCGCUUCGCGCGCGAGAGCUCCGCUAUCAACCGUGCGUGUGAAUUAAGGCAUGGCUCCGUUUACAUAAUCUCUUUUCCGAGCCAAACAUCCUGUUUCAUUCUGGCUUGUCCCAAACAAGAACUUGAAAAAUAUCGAGGAAUUUUAUUUAUAGAGUAUCAUGACCAACGAAGCCCUCAUUAAAUUAUGCUAGAUACUGCAUCAUAACCAAAUAUUCACCCGGCUCUCAGUCCAAGUUCCUGCGUUUUCAAUUAUUUUCCUCAAACAGCCCGAAAAGGUAUAAGUUUGUGCUAAGGGUUGCUGAAAAAGAAGAAAGCAUUUUAAAGUCACAACAAGCAGUAGACAAGAGGAAAGCUGUUUGAUUCCUGGGCAACUUUUUUAAUCGAACACCAUUUGUCUUUGAGUUUAUAAGAAUCUAUGAAGUAAUCUCUUAACAGAUACUGUCCUCUGCCACAAAGUUAGAUUUUGUAAUGCUAUGUAACUUCCUCAAAUGAAGGAAUUUACCGUACAUCGACUUGCAGAUGUAUGUACUCUUUUGUUUUCUGUAAGAAUAUCAUUAUAUAAGACUAUCGAGGCUGAGAUUUGCAGAAUCUUAAGAAUACGAGAAUAAACCCAAGGCUGGAAAGGAUAUAAUUUUGUGCGUUGAAAAUCUGUUAAUACAACACAAUCAUAUGUUUUUUACUAAACCGAGAAAUUAUUUCUAAACGGCAAAACUAACCACCAAGAAGAAAAAGAACGAAACCAUUACUAUUAACUCCACUUCAUAGCAUAAUAUAUUCUAAAACGGAAAGGCCAGGGGUUACAAUUUAACGAUAAUACUAGAAUAUUUUCGGCCUAAAAUCGGCAGAAAAAUAAGAAUAUUCAGCCUGGGCUGAAAAAACAACAUUCUUACAAAAAGAAAAGAGGGUACACCAAAAUGGUGACAUUGGGUUACGCUGUAUGAUCUUUUGCACUGUAUUUAUCACUAAAUUAUUUUAGGCGAUGGUUAUUAUCAACGUUUGUAUUCGAUUUUUCAUGUUUCAGCUUGGGUUGGUUCCAUAGCAUUUGGUGUAACCUUCUUUGGCGGUCCAAUAGCCAGCAAUUUGUGUGAAAGAUUUGGUUGUCGGCUUAUAGCAGCAAUUGGUGGUCUUAUAGGUGUCCUAGGUUUCUUGAUGACGUCAUUUGCCAAUAGUGUCUACGUCAUCUACUUCACAUACAGUGUCGUUUGGGGUUUUGGUUCUUCUUUAAGCUAUGCUACAACAACAUUUGUGAUAGGUGAGAUUAACAUCUUUCACAUUUUUAAUUCCACAGUUAAUAGUAUAUCGGUUCUGAACUCCUAAAACAGUUUUUAUCCUCAUCAGUCAUCAAAGUGGCUCUUAGCUAAUGUCAUUUUGUUCAGUUGAGUUUGCAUGCUAUAUUUCAGGGACUUCCGAAACUAUGAAUAGUUUACAGAGAAGAUAUUUCCUCAAUCAGGGCCUUGGUUCUAACUGCAUUUUAUAAUAUGUUCAUACAGGUCAGUACUUCGACAGGAAUCUUGCUUUAGCCAAUGGUAUUAUUACUGGCGGAAGUGGUAUCGGAGCGAUAGCAAUGGGACCCUUUUAUCAUCUCGUCUUGUCAAACCUCGGCUGGAAAAUCAUACUAAGAAUUCUUUGUGGAUUCGCCUUUCUCAUGUUUGUGAGUGCUCUACUCUACCGUCCCCUCCCCGCAAAGUAUAAACGCGCCCACAUAGGCCGAAAAGAGAGAGCCAAGCUGUUUGACUUGUCCGUGUGGAAGAUAAAGCCGUUCGUGUUUUGGGUUGUAUCCAUGUCGCUACUGUUCUUUGGCUACUUUGUUCCUUUCAUCCACUUGGUGAGGAAACGUAGAUAAACUAUAUUUACUGAAAGGUUUAUCACUCUAUCUUUUCACUGCCAAACCUGGGGGAAGAGUAAUUUUUUAAAAAUAAUCCAUAAAUAAGAGUGUGGUGUGAAAUUAACUUGAAUGGUCCGAGAAAUGCGAGCAUUAUAUAAAGUCCCAACGCACGCGAAAGUCGCGAGCAGCAUCUCAUGAAAAGACUGUUUCUGGCUUUUUAAGGGUUAGCGAGAGUCGAAACCAUAAACGUUAGGUACUGUCAUUGGAUGAUCCAGUCGUUCGUCAAUGGAAGGCUCCUGGCAAGAGGGUGCAUACACUGAACCAAUAUGGCACACGUCACAACAUACCUUCAUACAUUGAACAUGUAGUGAACCUCCUGUAGUUUCGCGCUUAUGGCAUCUGGCUGGGAUUUUUAGGUCUCGUUUUUCACCUGAGAAUGAACUACUACUGAAGAGCUUUCAUGUCCCGCACACAACCCCUUAUGGAACGCAAUUGAAAGCUUAAUGACAGUAUAGUUCCUAGUUAUUAGCUUUCUUCAAAUGUCACACUGUAGAAAUUAAUCGUGUUCGACUUUAAUCGCGUUCGACUUUACGAGAACGCAACCUAAUCUUGCACUAGCUGUUUCAUAACUCUAGCUGAUUUCAAGGUGGCCUCGAAAUGGUCCUCUGAUCAUUUUUUUUUCUUCAGCCCAAUUUCGCUGAGAUUCUUGGAGUGCCCGAGUCUAAGGCCUCUUUGCUAAUAGGCUACCUUUCCAUUGCUUCUACACUGUCACGUGUUCUCUUUGGCCUUGUGCUCAAUCACCCAAGAGUUAAUCGUUUCUACGUUUUACAGGUAUGUAAGGAAAUGUUUUCACUCACUAAUAUGUAACCAUGUGAAUGUUGCUGCUUAAAGUUUCUAUUGGACAAUUUGGUACUUUAAUAAUGAACGCAUGAGACUGAAAUUAAGUAGAGAUACGUUUUCGAGCCAAGAAAGGUGUUUGCAAAUCAGGAUCAGUUCAUAGACUGGUUAAGUAGUUGUUAAUUGUGGCCAGUCUUUAUCCAGUUACAAUUUCUUUUCUUUUUAAAACGAACUACUCAAGACAUCUGCCGAUCUACCAUCAGUGCAGAUACAGCAAUGACCAAGCUUGUUCGGCUGGAUAACGCCCAAAAAGGGAACUUUUAAUUGAGGGACCAACGCGGAAAAUCCCAAGCGGGCUUUAGCCAAUCAGAAUGCAGGAUUCGCUUCAUCUUGCCCGCCCGCGGGUUCAACCAUAUAGUAGAAGAUGCUUCCUUUUUUUCUUUCAGGUUUGCUUUGUAAUGAUGGCUGUUACCUGCAUGCUAUGUCCGCUGGUACAAGAUUACACUGGGCUCAUAUUAUAUGCUGUUAGCUUUGGAACGUUUGACGGCUGUUUUGUUUUGCUUCAAGCCAUCACUACUAGUGAUAUAGUCGGACCUAAUUUGCUACCACAAGGUUUAGGGUCCUUGUAUGGAGUUUUAUCUCUUCCUAUAAUAUGUGGAUCUCCUUUAGCAGGUACGUUUUACUCUACAGCUUAACCGCCUAUUUGCAUUGUAACCAUUCCCAUAAACCUAAAGGGUAUCAAACAGAGUUAAACUUGAGAAAGUUGGCUUAAUUUUUUCAAGUUCAAUCGUGGCUAUCGAAAGCCAAAGACAUACGCUAUAAGUUGUGGUAUAGUGGAAGAGUAAUUCAAAAUAAACAUGAACCAUUAUAUGUAUCAGGGGUUUCUUUGUUUCCAAUGCAUUUUUAAAAAUGUUUUUUGAUGAAAUCAGUUUCAUUUGUUUCAUAUUCGUUCUCUUCUAGCGUACAUUUUUGAGAAAACUGGAUCAUAUCAGGAUGCCUUCUUAGUAGCCGGAGCCGCCAUAGCUGCUGGAUCCUGCACUCUGCCUUUUACUCGACUAUUUAUGCCAGAUCUAGAAACCGGCAGAGAAAGGAAAGAAAUCUGCGAAGAGACUCCCGAACAGGAAAAGGUUUCGCAUGUCUCUGUAAACGCUAAUGAAAUUGAAGAAGGACAAAGAAACUCAUGUGUAUGACACAAGACACUUUGUUUAUACCCCUAGACUGAGCGAGAGUCUCCGCUUUCCUAUGGAAGCCUCCUCCCCCAGGUUUUACGGAUGUUUGCCCCUAGGAAAAACAUGAUUCUAAGUUUUCUUAUCUUUAUUUAGUAAUUAGCUCUUUUUUCAAUCGAUGACCUCUUUUCAGGAUCACGUAGAAGUUACUGAAUCUUUUGAGAGGUCAACAGUUUUUUUGAUUUGCAAAGCGUUAAAUAACACUUAUGAACUUUGAAAUCAAUUUACUGAUGUAGUUGUGCAUCGGGCCCAUAUUGACUGAUUAAAACUAGCCUCGAAUUCUUAAUUUUUAUGAAGUAGAUAAUCAGAGGUUUCAAAUUUUUAACCACUACCCACACCCUUUCGAAAGCAGUACAGGUAUCAAGAUUAAUGAAAUCAAUAGAACGAAAAAAAGUAGCCCGCGAGCAAACCCUCCACGCGAGCCGCGAGAGACACGCGAGUGAGCGGCGUGACUUCUCGCACGCGACUCCCCCAUUUGGAGACCUUCCUGGCAGGCUAGAAAAAAAGGAAUAUGUCGGGCUCUAUGUUACAGCGGAUACAAGUAAGUCUUGUUAUCGGCGGAUACCUCUUCCAACCUGAUACGAAUCUAUUUAACGAAUCUAUGACGGUCAGGUGAGCUGCGCAUGUAGACGAAAUAACGUGGCAGUAUACGUAGAACGCCAACAAAAGAGAUUUCUUAAAAUCCACUUGAAUUCGAGCAUUUCCCCAGUUUUCUUUCUUAUUCAUUUGGAACUGAAACGAUAAAUACGUUCAUGAGUAAAGUCUAUACCCCUUUUCAGACCAAAACGACGCAAAUGCCAACCCUGUGGUUGAGCAUAUACCUAUAUGAACAAUAUGGCUUAUACAAGGGAUUUCCCCCCCGGGGGGGUCAGUGGGACCACUUCAAGUGUAAGUUUCUGAUCUCCACUUGCCAGUCUACCACUUAUCAUCCCACCCCCCAAAAAGCACACCUCGCCCCCCUUAAAGAAUAUCCUUUUGUUAUCCGGAUUCUUGUCUCAAUCCUACUAUCAUUUGUUUCAAAUUGACGAUUGCAUUAAUUUGUAUCGCAUUUUGAAGGUAUAUUUAAUUUUGCUUUGGUUAGGCGAAAAUAAAAUUCCUGAUGUCUAGACACUCUCGCGCAUUAUUUUGGUGAUCGGUUAUCAACAGAUGUUUUGUGAGUUUCUUGACGCCGUUCUUUUCUGAGUCCUUUGAUAUGUCGAAUCAAAAAGUGACUACUUACUUAUGUUUUUAGCAAGUCUUUGACGUUAAAAAUCAUCUUUAUGUUAUUUUAACAAAUGAGAAAUGACCUGUUUUAAGAAUAAUCAGUGGUAUAGGGAAAAUUGUCUGCACACACAUAUUUCAUGGGCAUGUGCACUUGCGAAGGGUGGACCUUAAUACUAUCGAUAUCUUUCAUCUGGCACAAAAAUGACAAAACAUGUUACUUGGUUCCCUGCCCAGGGUGGUGGGGGUGGUGUGGGGGGGGGGAUUCCGUAUUUCAAGUGACAGGGAUGAUCGAAUGGGGGCAAAAAUAAACCCCCCCAAGAAAUCCCUAGUGCUUCAAACAAAACCCCCCAAAAUCCCUGAACCAAAAUUCAACCCCCAAAAAAUCCCACGCCGAAUUUCCAAGCCAUAAAAAUUUCCAGAAGCGGCCGGAAUACGGGAUCUAUCACGAAUCUUCAGAUUGUUUUGAAUACCCCAAAAUAUCCUACAUAAAUCAAGCUGCCCCAAAAAUACUUGCCAAAAUUUUCCUGUCCAAAAGAAAUCCCGAAAUCGAAAAUUUUAAACCCAAGAAAAUCCUUCGAUCAUCCCUGUCACUUGAAAUCCGGAGUACCCCCCCCCCCCGGUUCCCUGCUUAUGUAAUUUUCAUUAAUGGAAGAUCUUUACCGUGAUAUCAAACUUUUACCAAAAAGGAACACUACAUUAUUAUAUCUCGCAGUCGAAACACUGAAAUGAACCCCUUAUUCAGGACCUCAGGCAAUAAGUUUUUCGUCAAUGUAAUACAUAAAGACUCAAGCAGGUAGUGUUAUUACAAAACAAGUACAACGGAGGAACCAUCGUUGUUCACAAAUCUUACUGUAACACCCUUGUAAAAAAAAUAAGAAAGAAAAAGAAAAAAAAGUUAUAAAAGAUGCCAGGAAAUAAAUUUUCCACCAUAAAAGUGUAAUUUCUCAGUUUCUCGAUGAAUAGAUCUGAAGUCGGAGUCACUGACAAUUAUUUCAAUCCACACUAAACAACUGUAAAGCCAAGUCGUUUUCAUUGACUAUUAAAAAGAGCCUGGUUCAAAGCUCUCUUUCUCGUUUUUCCGCCCUUAAACGAAUUCAAAUAUACCUUACCUUGGGUCAAUAGUGUGACUAUCGUGAGAUAAAAGGAAAACGAGCCAGCAUAUCAAAUUAUUUGCAGCUAUAUAUAUAUCUCGUGUCGGCACGGCCCAUUGUUUAAGAUAUCGCGUGCGCGCAAGCGAACUUUUAUCCUUGGUUGUGUGAGUCUUGCGUGGACGUGUUUGAGCUAACAACGCAAAAACUGAACAGAGUUUUAACCCAAAAUGAUGAAAAUAAGAGACCAAAUUGUCAGAAGCAAAAAGGAAAAGUAUAAAGUCAGGACGGUAGAAAUAUGCGUGGAUCGCGAAUGUCCCGACGGUGGAUAUGGUUGGAUUAUUUGCAUCGCAGCGGCGAUUUGCCAGUUUAUCAUCAUGGGUAUUCACAACAACUUUGGUAUCUUAUACACUUACCUCAUGAAGGACUUAAGGGCAGAUCCUGCAGAUACAGGUAAACUAUCCUAACUGCAGUUGUACGCUACUAUUUACGCAACUUUAGAAUAAUUUCUUAAACUAAUUUAGUCGCAUUUUAAGGUAUGCUUCUUGUGACACUUGAUUAUUGCCUUAACAACUUGUUUUGGAUUCCUGCAUACCAAUGGUGAUUUCCUGUAUCAUGAUAACAUUUUUUUUAUUUACGUAGCAAUUGAAAAUAUCGGGAACAUAAAUUUAAAAACAUAUAUUUGUUAAUAUCAAAAUACACAGUCUGUGGUACAGCCCAAAGGAAUUAUACCCUGAUAUCAGACUGCUCGAGUGUGCCUCUGCGGGCAGACGUUUCUUUCCGGCAAGGCUUUUAGAAGGUGCUGAGUCUUUUGCGUCGUUGUCAUUCUUAUAGUUGGCUUGUUUAUGUCACCAAGAGGAAAUAAACAAGCCAACUACGCGAAUGUCAGCGAACCGAACGACUUCGAUCGUAAAUGCUAAAAGCCAUGCCCGAAAGGCUGAUAAUGAUGAUCCCCGGAGACAAACUUCUGCUCACCAAAGGUUAGCUUGCGUAGAGCGAGUCUGUCCCUCAGGUGGAGUAGCCUUUUCAAGUCGAUAAGCUAUUGAGAGCCAACUUGAUCAUGGGGGCAUAAGCGCGUUUGAAACUGGACCACUUACUUACUUUUUCCAGAAGUUUCUGUCGCCGUUUUCUGUCGUCCAUGAAACGUCACGAGUGUUGUUUGAGGCCUUUAAGGACAACAGAAGCCUCUUAGUAUGCUUGGAUUUCAUAAACAUAACUUUAUCAUCACUAAAAAAAUUGCUGUAUCUCCAGAACUCAGGCGAAUCGUCUAAUAUCUCCUUUACAUGUAUUGUUUGCUUCUUUGUUUUGUUCUAUCUGACAUCCUGUUUCAUUUAAGCUUUUCCUAUUCUAAACAAAAAACUAAAUAUACCAAGGGGUUCUGAUAAUAUGGCUGCUGGGGUCUGCUCAACAAGCGUUGCUCCGUGGACGAGCGCGGAAAUCGAGACGCGCAUCUCAAAACACGCUAGACCAGUGUGCCCUCUAGCAUUUGUGUGAAUUUGGAUUUUGCAGAGAACUAUAAAAAAUGUUAUUGCUGCAUAAUUAGUACCUGUCUACCUCUAGUGAAUUUAACUUCCUAAGUUUUAAUCAAUUUUCCGUUUACUCCGACAAAGUUAGUUUGUGAUGAAUGAUGACCCCUUUGACGGGAGGAAAAAGGAAACAUUUCGAAGGAAAAUAGCUUUUUUUUCUGAAUACCUGAUUCUGGGCAGAUUGUCAAAAGCCGUAACAAGAUGUAACCUGAAUUUUAACCGACGGAGUGCUGUUGAGAAAACUUCUAUUGCAUUAUUAUAAUUAUAAUUAUUAUUAUUAUUAUUGUAGCCACGAGAGAUUGCGAGUUUUUUCUUAUUCUUUAUUUUUCAUGUUUUGCGUUGCGUAAAGUUAGUUUCAUUAUUAGUACCUUUGUUAUCGCGCUCGGAGUAGUUUUUUGUUAGCCUUUUAAUAUGUGUAUUCUUUCUGUAAUUUUAGUCUGGGUGUCGCGUUACGUAACCGUUAUUGUCAAUUUUCGUAACUUCAUUAGGUUUAUUGUUUUCAGUCCAGUUUGGUAUAAAUUUUUAUUUUUUGGUCCAUGUAAAUCAGUCGCUUAGUUGUAUCCGGAGUUGCCGUACAGAUCUUGUAAGUAUAGUUUUUCCUGUACUUUUGCUCGUUUUCUUAGUCAUUUGUUGAAUUUUGGAAAGUUUUCGGUUCGCGUUUAUUAAUCCUGCAUUUUACUUUUUUUUUUUUUUUUUUUUUUUUGCUGUUGUUUUGUUCUAGUGAAUCUAGUCAAAAGACGAAUUCAAACUGUACAGGAAUGUUUUCUACAACUAUUAUUAUUAUUAUUAUUAUUAUUAUUAUUAUUAUUAUCAUCAUCAUCAUCAUCAUCAUUAUCAUUAUCAUAAUUAUUGUUAUUGUUAUAGCUAUUGUUGUUGUUCCUAGCGCUAUAAAUUGCUUUUGGUACUGUCUUAGAACUGAGCCCAUUCCUUGAUGGUCUUGAGGUGCUAAAGGUGGUAUGUUUACUGGAUGAACAGAAAUCGUUUUAGUGUGUGCGCAGUUCCCAAUAGGAUGACCUUUUGCAGCUCACUGAUCAUGACUGUUCUGGGGCCAGCCGAUGGCAACAACUGAUCGGCGUUAAAAUUAGUUGAGACACUUUGCCCUCAAACAGUUGUCAAUGACAUUAUUUCUCUCGUUUUCCCGACACUGUUUUCUUCUAUAUGGAAAAUGAAGCUUCACUUCUCCCCCUCAUGGUAUUAACUCUUUAACGCCCAAUAUCCACAUCCAAAUUCUCCAGACUCAUCUCCAUACAUUUCCUUAAAGCCUGAUUACAGUGGAACCUCGUAAAUACGGUCACCAAUGGGCCCCCAAAAAAUUGGCCGUAUUAACGAGGGGCACGAAGGGUUUUUUACAGGAAAAUUUAGGGGGGUUUUUGCCAGGUGGCCAAAAAAAGCGGCGUAAUAACGAGGUGCGGUAAGGCGGGGUUUCACUGUAUUUGAGAGAAUUUGAUAAGCGUUCAAAGCAUUUUCCUAUUGGUGAUCAUUUUGUUAAUUCUCAUAACUUUUUCUCUUGAUUAUGCAUCGUUAUUUUUAGGAGAAACUUGAUGUUACUCACUCUUGGGACUUAAAAUGUUAAUACUACAUUGUAUCAGCCGAUGGUGAUUUAUAUGAUUACAUUCUGUUUUUCACGUUCCAGCAUGGAUUGGUUCCAUAGCGUUUGGUGUAAACUUCCUUUUCGGCCCAGUAGCGAGCAGUUUGUGUCAAAGAUUCAGCUGUCGCCUUGUAGCUGCAGCGGGUGGUCUUAUUGCAGUCCUUGGUUUUUUGAUGACGUCAUUUGCCAAUAGUGUCUACCUCAUCUACUUCACAUACAGUGUCGUCUGGGGUUUUGGUUCUUCUUUAAGCUUUGCUACUACUACAUUUGUGUUAGGUGACGUUCGUUCAGUAGAGGUCGACAUUUCACAGUUAAUAAAUAAUGUUUUAAAUUUUAUCUCCCCCGCAGUCCCCUUACCCUUUUUCCACCCCAUAUUUGUCUAAGGUCUGCGUAUUUCCUCGGAGGACUCAACCAAUUGCGUUUUUGCUGUUUUCAUGCAGGAAAAGGGUCGUCGUCUCCUGGGAAAGGAUUGUAAGGAACGAAAAUGAUCUCCAGUUAAGAGCUCUUUCAUGACAAACUUUCCGCUUUCUCAGUUCCUGCUUUCAGGAGGGGAAAAACGUCUUUAACGUUGUUUCCUUGUUGAAUCGGCGACCGUUUUAAAAACCCAGUCCCAGUCGCUCUAAGAUAAAUGUCCGGGAAUUUCGAUUGUGCCAACUUUAAUCUAAUGACCGGCACAGUGAUUCAUGGACUGAGACUAAUAUGCUCUGAAUAAAUUCACAGUUCAUCUGAGCAUAGCAUAUGAUAAUAUUUUGGAAUGAAUACUUAUGUUUCCUCAUUCAAAGCUUUUCGACCAAUUUAAUUGCAUUUGAUAAUAUCUUUUCAGGUCAGUACUUCAACAGGAGACUUGCGCUAGCCAAUGGUAUUGUUACUGGUGGAAGUGGUGUUGGCGCACUGGCAAUGGGACCCUUUUACCACCUCAUCUUGUCAAACCUCGGCUGGAAAAUCUUGCUACGAAUUCUCAGUGGAUUCGCCUUUCUCAUGUUUGUCAGCGCAUUAUUCUACCGUCCCCUCCCUGCCAAGUAUAAUCGUGUACACUUAGAAUCAAAAGAGAGAGCCAAGCUGUUUGACUUGUCGGUAUGGAAGAUAAAGGCGUUCGUGUUUUUGGUUGUAUCCAUAUCACUGCUACACAUUGGCUACUUUAUUCCCUUCAUUCACUUGGUGAGGAAUGGUAGAUAUUAUAAAAUGAUUGAAUGCUUGUUUCCUCAAACAUAGGAGUCCGAGAUAUGCAUAAAUAGAAUUUGCUCCUUGAUUUGAAUGCAUAUGAUCCAAAAAGGCUCGAAAACCAUGGAAAAUUGCGCAGCAAAGUUUCACCAUGACAUGAUUUUUCUGCUCAUGGUUUUCAGUUGAAGGGCUACACUUUCUCAGCGCGUUAACGAAACCAUGAAUUUCGGGUACUCUCAUUGAAACCAUUAUGUUACGCUGUUCAGGUUUGGGAGACAAGUGACCUACAAAGGUUCUUAUAUGGCGCAUAUGGCAACAUAGCGUUCUCAGUAAUCAUGAUUUUCCUGUUUGUCAGUGGUUAGAAGAUCCGACAGGUACUUGCAGGACUCUUUUAACAAAAAAAUCUCUCUCAAAAUAUCGCAGAACAAAGAAUGCCUAAGAACAAGACAAUUUUUUAUGUUCUCUGACUUGCUAAGAGUCAAUCAUCGACAAGGGCUUUUCAUGUCAUACACACACUGUUAAAGCCAUUGCCUGCGUGCAGACGUCUCCUAUUGUGCAACAAAGGAAAUAGGAGACGUCUGCACGCAGGCAAUUAAAGCCACAGUGUAGAGUUCAAUAAACUGCUCAGCUGAAGUAGACUAACCUUCUUAAUAACUUUGUUGAACUGUUACACUGUAGGAAACCGAUUGCUUUCGACGUUAGGAGAACGCAACCAUAUCUUGGGCAGUCCUGUGUUUCCUGUGUUCGCCUAGCUUUUGAGAGUUAAACUGACAAUUUCUCAGUUCCACACUCUUGUUCUGUCUGAAAUGUAUUCUUAGGUGGCCUCAAAAGGUGCUCUAAAUACUUUAUUACCUUUUCAGCCUAAUUACUCUGAGAUUCUUGGUGUACCUGAGUCUAAAGCCUCUUUGCUAAUAGGCUUUCUUUCCAUUGCUUCAACCCUGUCACGUGUUCUGUUUGGCCUUAUGCUCAACCACCCUAGAGUGAAUCGUUUCUACGUUUUACAGGUAUGUAUGGAGAUAAGAUAAGAUAAGAAUCUUUAUUUAAGUGUCAUAGUAUUUAUUCGAGAUGUUCUUCUUUCUUGACUAUGGCGAUUAUGCUCACUUGUCUCGCGUUUACACAUAUGAAUCGAAGAUCGACAUCAGUUAUGAUGCCAAGAAAAAUUCUAGUGUGAAUCACUCAAGCAUUUAAGACCGAUCAAAUGAUUAUUAAAUUUACUUAGUGUUAUGUUAUGUCAAACUGAUGUAAUUCACAAGAGCUUAUUACUGAACACGAUGCUGUUAGCCGCAAUGAUCGAGGCUGAAGAAAUGAUGUUUUCGCCUGUUUUUCGAUGUUUUCCAGGUUUGCUUUGUAAUGAUGGCUGUCACAUGUACACUAUGUCCGCUUGCACGGGAUUACACCGGGCUCAUAUUAUAUGCUGUUGGCUUUGGAAUGUUCGACGGAUGUUUCAUUUUGCUCAUCGCCAUCACGAUCAGUGAUGUAGUUGGACGUAAUAUGUUACCACAAGCCUUAGGAAUUUUGUAUGGAGUUAUAUCACUUCCUGUUAUAUUUGGACCACCCCUGGCAGGUAUAGGUUUGCUUUAAGUUUAACAACCAAUUUACUUUGUAGAUAAAAGCUAGAGGACGGUGUCCAAAAAAGAGGCUUUGGGAAUGAACAAUCCUGAAACUUUUUCGCGGAUUCUCGAUCCUUAAAUCAUCUUGUCUACAAUUUUUUUCUGCUGGUCCCACAGAGGAGAUAAAAGUUUAAUUUGCUUAAAGAAUCACGUGUAGAACGAAAAUUUUUUACCCUUUAUAACGUAUUUCAUCGGCACGUGGUAGCCAGCUUAAGUAUACAGCAGUUUUUAUAGUUUGGACAUUUUAAUAAUAUUGGCCUUUCAGGCCCCACCAAACGUACUGCUGUUGUUAGAAUACCUACGAGAAACUGUUUUAUACGGUGCCCUGCACUUCCUUUGAAAAUGGUAUUGCCUCACUGGACACACGGAUACCAAUUAAAGUAUAAAUAUCAUAUGCAGAGUCGCUCAAAAUUAAAUUCAACUUUUCAGUUGUUUCAUAUUCUUUCUCUUUCAGCGUAUAUUUUCGACAUAACUGGAUCAUAUCAGGAUGCUUUCUUCGUAGCCGGAGCCGCCAUAGCUGCUGGAUCUUGCACUCUUCCUUUUACUCGACUAUUUAUGCCAGAUCUAGAAACCGGCAGAGAAAGGAAAGAAAUCGGCGAAGAGACUUCUGGGAAAGAACAAACUGCGCAUGGCUCUGCAAAAGCCAAUGGAAUUGCGGCCGGGGAAGAGCAAAGAAAGUCAUAUGUAUGACACAAGACAAUUUAUGAAUCGCAAGUUUCGUCGCCUUGCUGUAUUUGAGGACACUUUAAAGGGUCCUCUUCUCUACUCGUCGAGAAGGAGAGGGCCUUGGGAACGAGGUUGAGAGAGACUGAGCAGUCAUUGACUAAUGACGUCUACUAGCUUAUUAUACCCAAUCAUUACCUUAUACAUCAUACGCAGCUAUCACCUAAUCAUUUCUAUUCAUUUCCUAAACAAUAUCUUAUCAUAUCUUAUCGCCUCUUGAGUAGCCCUCUUCAUGCCCUACCCCUACGCGGCACUAAAGCAUAAUACCCAGUAAGCUAGACACUAUUAACUCGAGGACAGGCGCAAUGAACUCUGUAUGAGGAAUAUGAAGAAAAUGUUUCCACAGAAGUUCAAAAGGUGGUCCACUCUCGAAGAUCUAUCCCAGACUAGGGAAGGCCCCCAUGAAUAGACUGUAUCGUUAAAAUCUCUAUCACUUGGACAUCUUUUUACUGGAGAUAUAAUCGAUUCAGACUAACUGCUUCUUCACUCGUACCACAAAGCUUUUCUCAUGGUUGAAAAUAUUUUCCACCUCUCCUUCCCUGUGUUGUGGAGGGGGUGGCCCCCCUGGAUCUCUUAGGUGAUAUGAUAUGAUUAGUGCGAUAAGGUUUGAUUGGGCCGUUUGAUAAGUUAAAUUAGGUAGUGAUGAAAUGUGAUUUUCAUGUACGCAGCUGAUCUAGGUAUUUGCUAUGUAGGGGGUCCAAACCUGCGAAAUUCUCAAAAUCAAAACUGUUUUAUAUUCCCACAGGUAGCCCAAGCUCGAAAUAUGAGCAUCGGCGAACAUCGGCAUUGUUGCGUAACAUUCAAAAUAAAAGGAUUUGUAUGGGAAAAAACCUAUCGUUUCUGUAACCUACGAAAAUGAAAGGAUUUCAAUAAAAAAACAGCUUACCUUACUUAAAAUGUGUGUUACGUCUCUCCUGUGAGGUCCACGGGCCGAUUUAUGGCCGUUUUAUGGGUUUUUGUGUAAACGGUGUUCUCUCUAAAGGUUGGGCACUCCAGCGAAGGCGGCCCGCGGAUCCACCAAAAGAAAACGGCCGUAAAUUCCAACUGCUCCAAUCGCCUCCAAAUUCCGCCUAGGUAACACACGAUAGUUCUCCUUUCCAUUCGUUGUUUUGCUUCAAGACGCCUUUGCACCGAGAGAGAAUCAAAGGUCGUAUAUCUCUGCAACCUUUCCCGUCUGAAGCCAUCGACUGAACCUUGAACUUCGCGUUACCGUUGAGAGAUAGCGACACGGCCUGAGACUCAAAUUACUCACACUCAGGGUGGGAAACAGUCUCUUGCUCCCGUUGACAUCAAUACCCGAGAAAGAAAACAACGCCUACUGAUUAGGUCAGUGAACUUUGAUUUUGGAUGAAAAUAUACAGAUAUCGGGGUAAUCGGCUUUAUCUGAUUUAUAGACUCUUUUGAGGACAUACUCCAACGCAUUGUCAUUAAUUUCAGCGUCUUAAUCGUUUGAAACAGUUACAAAUUAGCAAAAUAAAAUAUUUUAUAACGUCUGGGUGUCUAAAAAGGUAUACUCUUAUCGGACGUGAAUUUGAAAACCGGACUUAGUCCUAAGGAUUUUACUACUUUCGCCUCGUUUUUAUGUGGGAUUGCAUUCCUCAGCUUCGAAAUAACACUUAUCAGACCACCCAGCCCACAAUUCAACAAUGAUAGUAUUAAGUUUUUGCUGAACAAAGGCCGCAAUAAGUUUGUGUUUAGACAGCCUUAAUUGGUCAUUAUAUCGCUUAUGCGACGCACACCGAACCGGUUUAUCUUUUCAGUUUUUUUUAUGUAUGUCUUGCAUACAAGUGUUCUGGUGAUCAUCUGAGAUUCGAAUUCUUAGCCUAAUAUGAUAAAGCUUUGGAACAAGAUCGCCAGAAAGAAAACGAAAAAGUUGGAGGUCACCGCAGUAGAGAUUUGCGCAGAAAAGGAAUGUCCCGACGGUGGACAUGGUUGGAUUAUUUGCAUCGCAGCGUCGAUUUGCCAGUUUAUUAUCUGGGGUAUUCACAACAACUUUGGGAUUUUAUACACUUACUUGAUGAAGGAUUUAAAGGCUGAUCCUGCAGAUACCGGUGAGUUAUCACAAUGUAAUCUACAUUUUAGUCAGCUCAGUAGUUACGUAACCUCAGCAGAAUUUCUGAAAACCAAACUCUCUUGCUUUUGGAUCAUUUUCACUCUUGCCCCCUAAACUUCAUCUGUUCAGUCCUUGAUACGAAGACUGCUGAACACAUUGCUGAACUUAGGGAUCUAAGAGAUCGCGUGUGGUCAAAAUCAUUAUAAAGUUUGCUGUCGACAAAUAGCGCAGUAACUAAAUAUUAUCCUCGAAAACUACAUAUCCCUGGCCCUGUUUUGUCAGCCAAGAGUAAUGAAACGAGCGUUUAGAAAAUUGGACCGAGAAAUUUAUUUGUUUUCCCCGUUUCAUUGUGGCUAGUUCUAAACACAAAACUAAACAUAUUGAUCAUCAUGGCUGUUGGGGUCUCAUGACUAACUAUUAAGUUAAGUUCUUUUCGUAUAGGAUUGAGACCAAUGAUGUCCAACGUUUCCAAGGGGGCUACACGCAAUCAUCAUCAAGUUUAUCGAGGCAAAGUAACGGUUUCUUGCUGGUUUUAAUUGACUUUAUUGAAAACCAUUGUAAAAGACAUUUUGUUUCUUUUGUGUUCAUGUCAAUAACAGCGGGGAUAGCGGAAUCAGCAAGUUCCAAAAGUUGGCAUUAUCAGACCUUGGAUGAUCAAUAUUUCGUUAAUUAAGUAUGAACAUUUCUUGCAGCUUUUUCAGGGCUGAAAAAUUGUUAGUUAAUUCCGUUUUGACAUCCCGUGCUAAUCGUUCAUGUUCUAUCCCGACAAACCCCUAAGAACGUCUGCGUGGGAGGUUAUUUAUGUUCUUGCCGAUUAAGGAAUUCAGUAAAACUUUGAUGAUUUGGCAACAUGUUGAUGACAUUGAUGAGGAGAGGUUCGUUGUGAAAGUCACGGACAUAUAUAGUCCUUGUCUUCAUGUCUUAUUUGGAAAUGAAGACGCAACGCGUUUUUGGUGGUGAUUUUUGGUUUCGGUUUCCUAGGGUUUUAAAAUACCCCCAGAUUUUCCGGAAUCGUUCACCAAAUUCAUCAAACAAAGAGGCCUUGUGUAUCAAUUUAAAUGUGUAUCUGUGUAGGAAAAGUGUUUGCUCAGUAAGUUGGCUUUUGUUUAGCCUGUCAGUUCCAUGUGCCCAGAAAGUCGAGUCGGAAGUGGAACUCAGGGUUAAAAGUUAGCGAAAAACUAGAGGAAAAUGGGCGCUCCUUCCGGUCUCCGCUGUUUCUCUCGCCCCCACUCCACUGUUUGAAUGCCUGUAACAUGCGUGCAUGCAUGCAUGCCUGCCUCAUAGCUUAUGGAUGACUUCAAAUUUAGUGCUUGAUCUAAACUUAGUCCAUUUUUUUUUAAGUAUGAGGGAUUUGUUAGAUUUAAUACACUUUUUUGGCGAAUAUUGUUUCAAUAGACCUGUCCACGGUUUUUUUCAAGUUAGUUGUGACAGACCAGUUAGCGAAUAUCCGUUGACACUGCUAAAAAGAGCGCAUUAAAAAUAGAAAACUUACCAAGUUUUAAGGUGACACAUUAAUCGCCAAAUUUUACGUUUGGAUGAUGGCGCUAACUUGCCUUCCCCGACCAUGCAUACAAACGUCUAAAACAUUGGGAGAAUUUGUAGAGCUAUAUCUUCGUUAGUUUUACAACAAAUCACGUUAAAACUUGACAUCUUUAUUAAUUGUAAGGCCUCCUUUUGUCUAACUGGUGUCAGUCAAACGUUGAUGAAACCGUGGAAGGGUUUUAAAAAUACCCCGAUCCAAUUGUUAUUAUGAUAGCAUUCGACUUUUUACGUUUCAGCAUGGAUUGGUUCCAUAGCGUUUGGUGUAAACUUCCUUUUCGGCCCAGUAGCGAGCAGUUUGUGUCAAAGAUUCAGCUGUCGCCUUGUAGCUGCAGCGGGUGGUCUUAUUGCAGUCCUCGGUUUCUUGAUGACGUCAUUUGCUAAUAGUGUCUACGUAAUGUACUUCACCUACAGUGUUGUCUGGGGUUUUGGUUCUUCUUUAAUCUUUGCUACAAAUACUAUUGUAUUGGGUGAGUUCAACAUCCACUUAUCUAGUACAUAUCAUUUCGAAUAUGCCACCUGUAAAUGAUAUUAUGAGUUAGUUAUCGCAUGAAAUUUGUCCUUAAAUGGCUUCAGCUCCGACGAGUUUCCUAUGGCUCAGUGGUAGCUUCGACUCCUGUUUGGAACUCUCUGAUUUCUCUUUUUUCUUGUUGGACUCUGUGUCACUGACUUUGAAAACAUAAUUUUCGUACUUUCACAUUGUUAAUAAGCUGCAGUUUUUACCUUAGUAGCUUAAAAAAAAACCUGGGCAAUGUCGUUUUAUUCACUUGUUGUUAUAUGCUAUACAGCCUAAACGACGCAAAACCAUUGCGGCGACAUAUAAUGUAGGAACCCUGCAAUAUAUUGAGGUAAAUGUGCCACAUGCAGUUUAAGUUAGUUAUUAUUCAUUCAAAAUAUUUCUCCGAUUCUGAGUGGCUAAAAGCAAACGUAUAAUUCACCAUAACCAGCUACUGAUGACCAAGUUUGGAAGAAUUUUGCGUUUAAUGAACCGAUGACGUCAAAAGUGCAGCUUUCUUGCAGGUUAAUGCAUCGUUAACCGAGAAGACCUUGGGACAAGGUUGAGUGGUUUCGGUUGUGAAAACAAAAAUAGCGGACUCGUUUCAAGAGAAAGAACUAGACGAAAUAAUAGCUAAAAAAAUGGCAAGAACAGCAAGAAGACAACUCGAAGGGCGACAUCUGCUAUUUGCGGAGCUGAACAACCUAAACGUGCACUAUCGAAGAUGAACUUAUUAAUAUCAAUGGAUCGAUGGAGGUAAGCAUGUUUUAGCCAUGUUUUUAAACUAGAAAUAGAGUAUUUUGAAUGAAGAAUAAAACAAAUAUUGAAUUCGGCUUUCGUAUCAUCUGAAGAAUUAUGCAGAUCUCGGAGGGUGUUAUCCCCCUCGGCCUCGACGGAUAACACCGUCCUCGAUCUCCAUAAUUCUUCAUAAGAUACUCAGCCUCAUACAUUAAUUGUCAAUUAAGUCGCGCUAGAUAGGAUAGUCUAGUUGAUUCCUGAGAGGAUAUUUCCCCAAGCAGGGCCUCUGUACUAACUACCGUUAUUUUACAAUAUGUUCGUACAGGUCAGUACUUCGACAGGAAUCUUGCAUUAGCCAAUGGUAUUAUCACUGGUGGAAGUGGUAUUGGAGGGAUAGCAAUGGGACCCUUUUAUCAUCUCGUCUUGUCAAACCUCGGCUGGAAAAUCAUGCUAAGAAUUCUUUGUGGAUUCGCCUUUCUCAUGUUUGUGAGCGCACUAUUCUACCGUCCCCUCCCUGCCAAGUAUAAACGUGCCCACAUAGGCCGAAAGGAGAGAGCCACGCUGUUUGAUUUGUCCGUAUGGAAGAUAAAGCCGUUCGUGUUUUGGGUCGUUGCCAUGUGGCUGAUACAUAUUGGCUAUUUUGUUCCCUUCAUUUACUUGGUGAGAAAACGACUCGUAAAUAUAACAGACUGAUUGAACGGCUUUUUAAAAUUUUCACUUUUUUCCAGGCGUAGGGGGAAACAAGCAGCCUCCCCUGUGAAAGUUUUUGUUCACUCUCACCAAGGUGAAUUUGAAGUAGAGACAUGCAAGAAGCCAGGAUUGGCUUUGCUUUGAGGUUCUCAAGCUACUACGCAUUUUUAUGCCCAUUUUUUCGAUAGUUUGCAAAAGAGCGUUCUCAUUUCUUAAAAGGUCCCCCGUGAAAUGCAUUUUCGUAAUGAGUGUGUGUGUUUGUUCGCCAGUUUCCUCAAAUCAGUUAAACAAAGACGAAAGCACUUCUUAAUUAACAGUGUAGUAAAUGAUUAACGAGAUCGGCUCCACAUGGUACAAUGCUGUUCUUGCUAAAAAGUAUUUUGCGCUGGUGUGUAAACAGUCCUCCGAAAUGUUGAUCCUUUUUAACCGAAUCACAUGUUGAUUUUUUUUUUCAGCCUAAUUACGCUGAAAUUAUUCAUAUACCAGAGUCUAAGGCCUCCUUGUUAAUAGGGUAUCUUUCCAUUGCUUCUACACUGUCACGUUUCCUGUUUGGUCUUGUGCUCAAUCAUCCAAGAAUUAAUCGUUUCUACGUUUUACAGGUAUGUAAAGAGAUGUUACUAUGGCGACUGUACCCAGUCCUCGCGCAAAAAAAGAGAAAUCUAUGUGCAAACUGAGUCGACCUGAUAUCUAGACUACGAGUAGUCCCCCAUUUUUCCUCAGGGAGAGUAGAGCGAGCGAAACGCGAGUGUUGUGACGGGAAAAGAGUUCGACAAAUUCAGUCGAAGCUCUCCCUGCGACCACUCUCGUAAGCGACCAGCUAUAGUUACGACCACCUUUGUGAAACCCUGUUUGAACUCGAAACUUAAACUUUGUAAUGAAAAGCUCCCGUAAGCGACCGCGACUAGUUCUGGGAUUACUAAAAUGGACUUUUCCUUUGUUUUUAGGCUCUCGUAAGCGACCUCUCAGGGUCUUAAUCAUAUAAGUCAAAACUUAAUUAGUGAAAAUGCACACUGCACUAAUGGUUCCUUGCUAAAGAUGUUGUACAGUGCAGUAUGUAAAGUUCGAGGUCAUUCCCGUAGCCACCACAUAGAUGGCAACAACCACUCACAGAAUUAAAGAUGUGUUUCUGAAGCUCUCGUAAGCGACUACCCUCUGUCGUUUUACCAUGCGGUCGCUUACGAGAGCUCAUUCUCGUAAGCGACUAGCUCUAGUUACAACCACUUUUUCGAAUUUCUGGAUGGUCGCUUACGACAGCUUCGACUGUAUUUAUUCAUUUGUUACUGUGGACCGCGUUAUUGUUGCUUUAUUAGGGUUCUAAUGAACCAGUUGGUACUCGGGCAAUGAGAACUGUGGAACAUACGUUAAUAGAGGCCUCUGUCAGUCUCGAACGUAACUGAUCCGAUAACUUUUCUAGCUAUAAAAUGAAAAUUUUAAGUUGAUAGAAAUUUACUUGAUUUUAUAAGCGUACAGCUCAACAACACUGUGAAACAUGGUGCUAGUGAAGACACUAGUGAUCAGUUGGAGAAAACGUUUCUGGGAAACUGCCCACUUACCCUUCCCCGCAACCCAACAUUAACUCUAACUUCUCAAUUCGUUCAAAAUGUUGCCUUAGGAGAGGGGUAGGUGGGCAGUUUCCCAGAUAUGAUUGCCUUUUUCUUUCAGUUUGCCUUUAUGAUGAUGGCUAUUACAUGUACGCUAUGUCCUCUGGCACGAGAUUACACCGGGCUUAUACUAUAUGCUGUUGGCUUUGGAAUGUUCGACGGAUGUUUUAUUUUGCUUAUCACUAUUACCACGUGUGAUUUAGUCGGGCCUGAAAGGUUACCACAAGCCUUAGGAACUCUGUAUGGGGUUGUAUCACUUCCUGUUAUAUUUGGACCACCCCUGGUAGGUAGGUUCGAUUUUUCUUUUGCAAGGGCGGAGUGUCCACAGGAGAAACCUUGGGACUUUGAUGCUAUUGAUUCAGCAGUCUUAACUUUAUAUUAUCUAGAAUUCAUUUAAUGACUAAUGUUGGCUCAACAGAGCAAAGUUUCCCUCUUGUCAGCCUGUGACGAUUUCAUGUGUAUUUUGAACGUCCUUUUCAGUUCACAAGAAGCGCUUUGCUAGGUAGAAAACCUGCGUCUUGCACGGUGCAAUAGGCUUGAUUUCUGCCACUCUCUCUUGUCCUUCCACGGUCUUUUUGGGGAAAAAGCGUACAUUCAUUUCCCAUAAUCGAGCCCAGGUGCUGCCUCCUUUGGUGCGGCCUGGACUUUUCUGUCACGCCCGGAAUCAUUUUCCCGCGAUAACCGGACGGAUACAAAGAAAAUUAAAGUAAAUUAUAGUUUACUCGAAAUUAACCUUUUUUAUUCAAACAUUAAACUAUUGCAUAUUCUUUCUCUUCCAGGGUACAUUUUCGAGAUAACCGGCUCAUACAGGGACGCUUUCUUUGUUGCCGGAGGUGCCAUAGCUGCUGGAUCUUGCAUUCAUUCUCUAACUGGACUGGUAUUUCUGUCAGAAGCGAAAGAAAGAGAACAAAUCUGCGAGGAGUGCGGGAAAGAAAAUGAUAUUGCGAUUGCGGAAGAAAAAAGAAACUGAUAUGCUUAAUACGAGACACCAGCCUCCUCCUCAGGCGCUUCGGUUUUCGCUUGGCAGAGGCGAGCGCGAAACGCGAGAGAGUGGUGAUGAACCACAAGGGACUAUGGGAAGGGUACAGACGGCAGACGCCCGUUGUCUCCUUCCGGCCUUCUUUUGCGCGCACAUUUUCAUCGAAAGAGAGACGUCUGGGUACGAGGCAGACGAGACACUUUAUGUUGUGCAAUGUCAGGGGCGGAUCCAGGAUUUUUUUUAGGAGGGGGUGCACUCGUCUCUUGCUCUACUACUUCAACACCAAUAAACCACAUAGUUUAUUUUUUUUUGCAGAAUACCAGUUGUAUUAGAAAACCGCAGGUCAUCUCACCUUGCGCAUGUUGUGAUCCGCCCCUGAAUGUGGCCGUCUUACUGGCUUGUGGACACGUUUAGUUAUGAUACAUAAGGAGCAAAAAGCACGACGUCACCGACUAAACGCAGUAAUUAGUCACUAAUGAAUUGCAACGUAAAUGCAUUAGUGCAGUAACGGUCCCACUGCAAGUUAUCAAAAAUGGGCGUCAAAGAUAGCAUUUUCACUCCAUAACCAAACCACCUACAUGUAACUAUUAACUGAUCUGUUACUAAUAUUCAUGGAUUUCCCACAACCUACAAAGUAGAAAAGGGCUGCAAUCUUACAAGUUAAAG